GACCGCUCCAGCCAACAAGACGCAUCGCUGACAUCCGUUCAGACCUUGGAGGGUUACACUUACCCAAAACUUAUUUUCCAAUGGGCCCCGUCGCCUAGCGUUUACUGCCCCAGCCUGGCCGACUGAGUUGAAUUGGGUGCUACGGAACAUCAAGCAAGUUUGGGUCCCUAAAAAGGCUUCCAUCAAGCACAGCAUACAGCGACCAACUACAGUAGAAUGGCAGCCAUUCCAGCAGGCGGUUCUCUCGUGGCGACCACUGAUUACUACCGAAGGCGCAUCGGCUCUACAUCCAGUAGCAGCUCUUGUGGCAGUUCGGAGUACAGUGGAGAGGUCAUCCCUCACCAUCCAGGACUCCCCAAGCAGGACUCUGGACAUUGGUGGUCCAGUUUCUUCUUUGGGAAGCAGCCAGGGAUGACCCCACUGACUGAGGAGGCACAGCAGAAGGCGGGGGUCCAAGGUGCAGUGACGAAUGGUCAGAUCACCUGCGUUGCCAGGGAGAUGGUGAUGCAACGCCAGGUGAGUGAGAGCAGUGAUGCAGGAAGCCCCUCCUGAUCCUGCAGUCUCACUCUGAUCCACGCCGCACCUCGGAGGGGAGGUAGAACCAACGACCAACGCUAGGUGACGGGAGGGUGUCCCGUUUACAACCUUAUUAGUCUUUUUUUUCUUUUUUUUUUUUUUUAUAUUAUUUGUUGUAGUUAUAGGGCUGCCUUACUUGUUUUUGUUCCUGUAAUCUUGUGUUAUUUUAUUAACAACCAAGAAAAAAAAGAAUUUAAAAUAAAUACAAAAAAAAACAGAUUAAGAUGCAACUGAUAAGCUCCUGUGUUUGUUUUUUAACAUUUGUACUGUGUUUGUAAUACUGUGUUGCAAAGACACUGUGGUGCGCACACACAUCAACAUGCCUUUGUUAAACAUUUUUCACUUUUGUCCCACUGUGAUUGCAAAUGCAAUAAAGUAGACUCUUGCAGCCUAA